CCAUCAUCCUUUUUGGAAGCGUACGGCCAUCAUCGCCAGCGAGUCGAAAGUACAUGAAGUGAAGUAGAGAAAACAGUGAACUACAGGAUGAUUAUACCUAAGGAGGUGCAGUGUAGAACCUGCCUGCAGGUGUUCUGCUGUGCCAAGUGCCGGCAAAAGCAUGAAGAUGGAAGCCAUCAGGAAGACGCCAUGUUACGUAAAAUUUGCUACAUCUGCAACGACAGACCAUUCCCGUUGCGGAAGGACACUAAAAUCACGCCAAACAAUUUGCUCAUCGUACACAUACUGAAAGAACAUCUGCCCCUGGAAUGCAACCGAUGUAGGAAGGUUUUCUAUUCAUUAGCCGACUUUCAGCAGAUUAACAAAUGCUUCACGCUCUGCUCGAGUGACGCGGGAAAGGAAGGUGAAUGCUAUCUCGAAAGCAGCGGCAAGAUCGGCCACCAUGCGCUGCCCACCAUUGAAGCAGACAAUAAGGAAAACAUUGCGGUUGAGCAACCUGCAGACGAUCGGGCGGUGCCGUCCCGUGAACGGAGAAAGAGCAGCCUCGUGCCGGGUGAUUUUCAACCGUUCGGCGAGGUGGACAACAAGAUAGAUGAAGUGGACGAAGCGCUGCUGACGCCGCUGACAAAGAUUAAUCUGCGCUGGAAGCGCAAGAGCCGUCAAAGCUUCGAAAGCAUGCUCUCGAUGACGAACAACACGUCGGAGGUGAACGCAUCCGGGUUGCUGCGCGUGGAUGGGGGGUCCGGGCCGCGCAAGCUAGUGCGCACCACCUCAACGCCCAUGUACCAGUGGCAGCUGAUGCCGACGGGGCCGAAGCAACCGAACGAGUCGUACUCCGCGACGAUGGGGCAGAUGUCGAGCAUACACUGCAGCAGCGGCAGUGACACGGACAGCCGGGCGGAAGAGCUUGGUGCGUCGCCCCCGGUGCCGAACGAGCUGGACAAGGUGCGGGCAAUCAUACGCAACCGGUCGAAGGCGGUCGCCACGCCGCUGCGGCAGGUAAUGUCCAAAAGCAUCCAGCGUGCCAUCGCCCAGCAUACGGCCGGUGUGGGCGGUGUGUACUCGAAGAUGCUGCAGCCGGGCACGCAGCGUAAGAUGAGCUUCAACUCUACGAUGAGCAGCGGCAUGAACAGUAUGCUGGCGUCACCGACGAAAGAUCCGCUGGAUCUGCGUACCACUCCGACGCUGAAGCGCCUCGGUAGUGGGCGUGGCGGCGGCGGCACCGGCGGCUCUGCAACUUCGGCUCAAUCCACCCAAGCACAACGUAUGGUACGGCCAGGUGAUCCGACCCAAGAGUCGGUACAGCUCGCGCAGGCCGAUGCCAUACCGAAUGCGAACACGACGGACGGUUCAGAGUAUUACGAAACACAUCGCGAUAUGGAAUCACUGCAAGGGAGUAGCGCGUUAGGAGUGUCGAGAGGAGUAGACAGUCUGCGGAAGCUACACUCGGCAGAAAGCUAUCCGGUGACACCGAAACCGGGCGGCGGCGGUACGGCACUGAAGAAGGUGAGCUCAUUCCAAGCGCUGCAGGAACUGCAGCUGAAAGGGGAGCAACAGAGCAACAGUGCCCAGAACGACACGCUGGAAGACGUCUGGGGAACGCCGUGCGGAGGGGGUAUACCUGGCCGUAGUUACAGCUGUUCGGCCGCUCCUAGGCUCGGCGACACGUUCAAGGCGUACGAUGCAUCGGUGGAGGAUGCGGAAAACGAUUCCGGCACGGAUGAUGUGUUUUAUCCGGUCAAAGGGCGACCAAACAUAAGACAGGGCAAAAGCGACCGUGACGCCUUCGCCGACAGUACAUCACACGAGAGCAAAGUAGGAAAGCUGGAUGGAAUGAAUGCUACUCGCAGCGGUGGUGGUGGUGGAAAACUCUGGUCGAUCGUUUCCAACGUCAUUCGCUUGGCAUCGCGCAGCGACGUCACGCAGGAGGAACAUUCGAUGGAUGCGCCAAGAGCCACCACUGGCGCGGUGGCUGGCGGUGGUGGAAUCCUACACCGAGCCGCAUCGUUUGCGGACUAUCUUAAAAACCGGUACACCACCCGGUCGGACGGUGGAAUUUCGCGCACGUCUUCCUCCGGCUCGGACGAGUAUCGUAUCGCGCACGAAUCGAACGGCAAAAAAAGGCGUCGCGUAGCGUCAACCUACGCGCGGCCGUACGCUCCGGCCCUAACGAAUGAUGGUCCGUGUGCGGCCGCAAAGGUACAGCAGCACAGUCCGGUCGCAAAGCGGAAGCGUAUCCAGAGCCGCCAGCCAAUCCAUCGGUUGCGCCAUACGAGUAGCGAAAGCGGUGGCAGCGGAAGCGCUAGUGGCCCCGGAAGGUACAACUAGCUCGCGGGAGUGUGAUUGGAUAUCAUUUUGUUUUGUAUGCUUUAUAUUUAGGGAAGAUUGUCAAACAUUUGUGCCAUUAAAUGGAACCGGAACGAAAAAAUACAUUAUUUUUGAAUUGUUUUAAGCAAUAAUA